AUGGAGGGGGACAGCGCGGGGAAUGGCGAGCGCGCGGAGACAAGCAGGGCAGAAGCGGAGGCCGUGCAGGGGGGGGCGGGGGAGCCGAUGGAGGCGGCAGGGGCAGGCGAGGGGGAACGGGGGAGCGACGCGAUGGAGGGCGAUGGGGGUGCGGGGGAGCGCGAUGGCGCGGCUGCGGCUGAGGCGCGGAUUAACGAGCGGGGAGCGCCCGGCCAGCGCAGCAAGGAAGGCACCAGGCGGCGCACAGGCGGGCGAGGAGGGGGCGAGAAAUUGGCGGGCGAGGGAUUGAAGGCGAAGGGCGAGGGGCGGCGCAGGAGCGAAGGGGCUGCUGAUUCGAACGGGGAGCCAGCGGAGGGCGCCAAGGGGAGGGGCGCGGCGCCGCGCAAAGGCGAGCGCGCGGUGAGGGGGAGUGCAGGGAAUGCCACGUCGUCCCCCAGCUCGAAUGGCAGCAGCGGGGCGGCGAGGGCAAGUGCGCGGACCCCUGGCAGCAGCAUGGCGUCCCCGCGCAACGCUGCUUCUUCCGCCGCUGCUGCCGCGCGGGCAGACGGCGCAGGGGCGGCAGCAGAGAGCGCAGGGGCGCCAGGAGAGAGCGCAGGGGCGGCAGAAGGGAGCGCAGGGGCGGCAGAAGGGAGCGCAGGGGCGGCAGCAGAGAGCGCAGGGGCGGCAGCAGAGAGCGCAGGGGCGGCAGCAGAGGCGUCAGCAGGGAGUGCAGGGCCCGCAGCAGUGGACGAGAGGCGCGCGAACGGGGGAGACGCGGAGGGUGGGGCGGAAGGUGAAGGCUCUGGUGAGGGGGAGAGUGUGGCAGGGGGAGGAGUAGUGCCGGCGCAGGCGACGGAGGGUGCGGGCGGAAGCGAGCAGACGACGCAUGGGGAGGUGGCGGCGGAGGCUGUGCGGAACAACGAUGGGGGCAGCAACGAGGGGGGAAGCAACGAGGGGGAAAGCAACGAGGGGGAAAGCAACGAGGGGGAAAGCAAGGAUGGGGGGGAAAAAGGUGCAAGUGAAGGGGGGCAGGGAAUGCAGGGAGGGGAGUGUGCAGCGGAGCCAGGCGCAGGUAAAGAGGAGGGGGGCAAAGAGGAGGAGGGGUGCAAGGAGGGGGAGGCGGGUGUAGGCAAGGGGACCGGAGGGUUGGACGGGCAAGAUGGCGGGGUGGGUGGUGUUGAGGGCGAGGCGGCAUGGCAGGCAGUGAGGGGGCGGUUAGAGUCCCGCGUGGGUGCAGCGGGCGACAUUGCCUCGCCCCGCCUGCUCGCCCCUCCCCUGCCCGCUGCUGCUUCUGCACCAGCCGUCCCCACAGCAGAGGGGGCAGCGCCCGCUGCUGCAGCGCCAGGCGCAUCCGCAGCGGUGGGCGGGGCAGAGCAAGCCGCAUGGGGUGCUGAGGGGGAGGGCGCGGAGCAAGUGCAAGAGCAGCAUGUGGAGGGGGAGGGCGCGGAGGGGGAGGCGGAGGGCGCGGUGGGGGAGGGGCGGGGGAGGCGGGUGAGGCGGGUGCGGUCGCUGGAUGCCGCCUUCUCCCCGCUGCUGGCGGCUGACCCCUCCGCCUGGCAGGCGGCUGGCCGCCCCGCGUGGCACGGCGUCAUGGGGUGGGGCGCGCGUGUCGUGCGCAGCCUUGCCAAGGGCGGGCUGGGGGGGAAGCGCGCGGGCAGGGGCGGGAAGGGCAAGGGCGGGGCGGAGACAGAGGGGGAGGAGGAGGCGCGGGCGGAGGAGGAGGCGGCGUGGGACGCGUAUGUGCUGGCGGGGGACGCGAGUGCCGGAGGCGAUGGCGUGGUGGUGCUGCCCCUGGGGCCAGCAGGGGUGCCCCGCACACACACAGCUGGGGAGGUGUGGGCAGCGACACCUGGUGCGGGUGCUGCUGUGACGGGGCUGGGCGGGGUGCAGCGAGGGGGGGCGGGCGUGGGGUGGGCGCAAGCGGCGUUUCCCCGCAGCCACUCGGACAGCGUUAGGGAGAGCCGCGCCGGCCGCCGCGCCGCCUCCCUGCUCGCCCCUGCUGGCGCUGGUGGUGACGUGUGGGCACGCGCAGCAACGGCGGAGAGGGUGGUGGUGCUGCGGACAAGUGGCGAGACAGGGGCGGAGAGAGAGGCGCAGCAGAGUGGCGCGGGUAGAGCAGCGGGGAAGAGUGCGGACGCAGAGGGGGAGCGGGAAGGGGGGGGCACGGAUGGGGAGGCAGGGCAUGGGGCGAGGGCGGAGGAGGGGGGGGAGGAGGCGGGCAGCAAGGGGGGGACGAGUGGCGUGGCGGAGCAGAGUGCAGCAGAGGAGAGCAAGGCGCGUGCCGAUGCAGCGCUGGCAGCGGCGGUGAUGGCGGCGAAUGCAAGCACCAAGCCACAGUGGGCCUCGCAGCACCACUGGCACACGCAGCACCACGACCCACAGCAGGGGCAGGGGGGAGAGGGGGGGACAGAGGCAGAGGCAAUGGAGGAGGAGAGGAGACGGGCAGAGGAGGCGGAGAAGAAGAGAGCGUGGGACGAGGCGGUGAGGGCGGUGCGGGUGAGGGAGCAGCAGCGCCGCCAGCAGGCCGCUGCCGCCCUCGCUGCUGAGGACGCGGCACGGGGCGGCAGAGCGGGCGGCAAGGGAGGGCAGGCAGCACGGCGCCUGGCGAGGCGGCGACGCCGAAUGGUGGCUCGGUUGGCAGCGGAGGUGGGAGAGGGGGGGGGAAGGGCUGGGAGGCCUAAUUCUGGGGGAAAGGGGAUGCUUGAGUCGGGCAGUGUGAGGCGAGAGGCGAGGAAAGUGGGCAAGAGAGAGAGCAAAGAUAAUGAGAGGAGGUGGGAGAGGAAGGUGUGGCAUACAACAAGCAAAACGCCUUGUCGUACCUUUUUCAUGCAGGUGUAUCCAAGGCCAUGUGCUUUGUUUCCCCUCGUUUUCCUCCUGUUCCCUUCACCUCCCAUGAUCCUCCCUGCCUCCCCUCCCUCCACGUGGCUUGAGGCACAGACGGGCGAGCUGAGGGAGGCGGUGGAGGGCAGGAGGGCGAGGCGGAGUGCGGUGGAGUACCACCUGCUGCACAGCGGCAUCUUCCUCGACCCCCCUGCCAACCCCUCCCCGGAGGAGGAGGAGGAGGCGAGGAGGGAGGCGGCGGAGGUGGAGUGGCUGAGGGGGGAGGUGAGGGUGGCGCGGCGGUGGAUGGACGUGCAGCGCCUCGUGUGGAUCAACCGCGACCGCCAGCACCGCUCCCUGCUGCGCCGCGGGGGGCACGAGGAGCAACGCGCACAGCUGCAGCACAUGAUUCAGCAGCUGGAGAGCCAGCUGUCGCAGCUGGAGCGGCAUGAGGGGCUGCUGAGAGAAGGAAACUCACAGCUCAACGAAGCGUUGGCACAGGGCACGGUCGUGCCAGCAGCAGCAGCGGCGAUGCUCUCCUUUGCGUCCUUCUCCUCGCUGCCACCGGACCCCGCCUCCUCCUUCCCCCACGACCUCUCCCUCUCCGACAUGCCAGACGACGCCUCACUGGUCUCCGAGCCGCACUCCUCCGCGCUGCCCCCCUGGCUCGCCUCCCCCUCCACCGCCUCCGCCAGCCCCGCGCCCUCCAUGGGCCGCCCCCCCUCCGCCUCGCGCCGCUCCCUGCCCGCCUCGCACUUCGCCCAGCCCGCCCCCCACGCGCCCUCGCCCUCCCCCCGCCACAGUGCGCGCAGCCUCAGCGGCCCGCUGCCCUCCCCCCGCUCGCGCUGGCGCUCGCGCUCGCGCAACGCCUCGGGGCGGCGCCAGGCACUGGAGCCGCUGGCAGUGGGGACGGGGGGAGGAGGGGCUGAAGGCGAGGAAGGGAUGUCGGACGAGGCGUCCCCCCAGCCCAUGUGCGCGCCCUUCACCCCCACCUCCGCCCGCCGUGCCAUCGACCAGAGCCGCGGCGCCAUGGAUGGGCGCAUGACCGGGGUAGCGGAGAGGGAGGCGGGCGAGGAGGAGGAGGACAUGCAGGGCGGGGUGGACACGGGCGCACUCACGCCGUCGUCGUCGCGCUUCUGGGGCUCCGCCACUGACAGACGGCAGGCCGACCGGGAGCGGGAGAGAGAGAGGGAGUGGGAGAGGGAGAAGGAGAGAGAGAGGGAGAGGGAAAGAGAGAAGGAGAGGGAGCGGGAGAGGGAGAGGGAGAAGGGAGGGGGAGGCGGUGCGAUGGAUCUGGCGGCGCGCUUCACUCGCGCGCUCUCACUGGCGCGCACCGAUGCAGACAAGGGUGGAGGGGCGGGGGCGAAGGGGGAGAAGGAGAGGGCGUCAGGGCGGUGGUGGGGGGGCCUCAACACACCGAGCUCACGGGCGGUGGGGCCGGCAGAGGCGUACCGAGUGGAGCCGGGGGAGGGCUCCACCAUCCUGCACAUCUUCCACCAGGUCACAACCCAUCCUGCACAUCUUCCACCAGGUCACACCCCAUCCUGCACAUCUUCCACCAGGUCACACCCCAUCCUGCACAUCUUCCACCAGGUCACUGCCUCUCAUGCGUCUCAUAAGUUCAUCACUGCCUUGCCCUGCCUCUCUCGGCCUUGGCUCUCUCUCACCGCCCUCUUUCUGCCCUCUUUCUGCCCUCUUUCUGCCCUCUUUCCGCCCUCUUUCUGCCCUCUUUCUGCCCUCUUUCCGCCCUCUUUCUGCCCUCUUUCUGCCCUCUUUCUGCCCUCUUUCUGCCCUCUUUCUGCCCUCUUUCUUCCCUCUUUCUGCUCUCUCUCUGCCGUCCCACCGACCUCUCACGGCCCUGUCACCACACCCCCGCACCAGGCAUCGCGGCGCAUGCGCAGCAUGGAGGCGGGCGACUUUGAGAUCGCCGAGUGCGAGCUCUUCACGGCGCGGGACGACGUGGACGACCUGAGGGCGCACCCCAACCUGCUCUCCGAACACAUGCUCAUCUGCCUCCUCCGUCCGUCGCCACCCUUUAUCUCUUUCAUGAGUCCACUGCUUGCACUGCUCCAUCUCAUUCAUAUUUACCGCCGCCAUGCCUUUGGCGCCGUCACCUCGCCCGACCGCUUUGCCACCACGCCUCGCUCCGCCACCUUCGGCCCCUCCACCCAGCCCCUUUCCUUCCCCGACCCGCCCCUGCCCCGCCCCGCCCACCACCCGCCCUCGCGGCGCCGCAACUUCUUCCGCAGCCGCAGCGCCGCCAACCCCUCCUCCCAUGCCUCGCACUCCCCGCGCUCCUCCCCCCGCCGCCACAAGCGCGCAGCAGGGGGCGGCGCACAGGAGUACGGCAGUGAUGAGGACGCGGCGGGGCGGCCGUACCCGCAGGCGUAUGGCGGCGUGGCGGUGGGCGGCGGUGGGUGGGAGGACGGCGUGAGCAGCACGGAUGGCGAGAGCCCCUCGGGGCUCAGGGGCGCGCGGCAUGGGUGGGAUGACGGGGAUGGGCGGGGCGGGCAGUGGCAGGCGAGGCGGGGGAGGGGGAGGCGGGGGGGAGGGAGCAUGGAGGAGGCGACGUUGACGGAGGUGUCGGAGUGGGAGGAGGUGGGCGAUGACGACACCGACGUGGACCUGCGCCAUCUCCGCGCCUCCGAGAUGGACCUGCUCGGCCCACCCUCCGCCUCGCCGCUGCGCCCGCGCCUGCGCCCGCGCACGCCCACCACGCUCUGGCUGCGCCACCGCCACCGCCACCACCGCUCGUCCGGAGGGGGGAGUGGGUGGGGGACGGGGGACGCGCAGCAGCAGGGGAGAGGCGGCGAUGUGGCGUCGCCGUACAGCAGUGGGAGGAGAGGGGGCGGAGGGCACGGGGAGUUUCCCAACCCCAGCACGCCCAGCAGUGGCAGCGCUGCAGCAGGCGCACUGCGGCUGGGGCGGACCACGUCCACGCGCGUGGUCACUGCUGUCGCCCGCGUGCUGCCCCCCCUUCCGCCCUCCGCCCCCGCUGCCACCCCCCCCGCUGCAGGCGCUGGAGGGGCUGGGGCAGGGGCGAAGGGGGGGAAGGAGAGGGAGAAGGAGAAGGGAGCGAAGGGGAAGCAAGGGGGCAAGGACGCACUAGGCGGGGCAGCAGCAGCAGGAGCAGCAGCAGCGGCAGCAGCAGCAGAGAAGGGCGAGUUGGGCUCAGAUGACUUUGAGAAGUUCUUCGGGACGAGUGGCGAGGUGCCGGCGCCCACGGAGUGGAGUGCGCUGAGCAGCGUGCAGCUGGACCCGUACGGUGUGUUUGGCGAGCACCCGUGCCCCGACGCGGGCAACUACAUUCAGAUGCUCGCCGUGCAGCACCCGCCCUCCGAGGCCACCAUGACCCACGCCGACGCCACUCGCCUCCUGCACUUCCGAGCCAUGGCAGCGCAGCUGGAGGAGGUGGAUCCAUCACUGCUGGCGCACAACGAGCGGCUGGCCUUCUGGAUCAACAUCUACAACGCCCUGCUGCUCUAUAUCUACAUCGUCAUCCCCGUGCCCACUGACUUUGCUGACCGCAUCGCUCUCUUCAGCAAGAUCCGUGCCCUGCCCAGCACUACGUUCCGCCCAGACGAUGCGCGCUCGCUGUGUGCGCUGUCCCGCGCGGAGCCCCUCGUGUCCUUCGCCCUCUGCUCCGGCACACGCUCCUCGCCCUCCAUGCGGGUAUACCGGGCGGAGAGUGUGCAGCAGCAGCUGCGGGGCGCCAUGGUGGAGUACCUGGGGGCGGCGGUGAGCGUGAACGAGGCCAAUAAGAUCAUCAUCCCCAAGCUGCUGCACUGGUACCUACCGGACUUCGCCCCGGACGUGUGGAGUCUGCUGGAGUGGCUGGCGAACGUGCUGCCCACCAACCAGGCAGUGGUGCUCAUGAACUGCCUCCCCACCGGCGCUGCCAACGUCUCCGCCUCCAAGUGUGUUGUCGUCGCGCCCUUUGACUACCGCUUCCGCUACCUCAUCCCCCCCGUCCUGCCCAACUAG